CGUCACUCACUUCUCUUUAGGAAUCACAAGUCACUUAAAUUCACUGUCUUUGCUGCUUCUUCUUCUAACUCGGUUACCUCUUCCUCUAACUCAGCACAAGUAGCUGAAGAAGACCCCGAGUCCACACAGUUAUUCGAGGGAAAGUUCAUGGGAAAAAAAAACUGAAGUGAAUUUUCUAUUUUUGUUUUAGUAUUCGCUGUUUUUCAUUUCAUUUGUUAGGAAACUGGAAAUUUCAGUUAUACACACACACACACACACACACACAUACUUGAUUUAUUUAUUUUCCAAAAAAAAUAAGUUUUGUUUGGAUACUGAGAAAGUGCGGAAAGAAAAUGUAGCUACACGGUCCUGAAAUUCAUAUUUAUCUAUCCCCAAGUUCUGAAAUAUUUUAUUUUAUUUUUUUCCGAGAAUGAACCACUGUUUGGUCACUCAGAAAGUGAGAGAAGAAAAUAGAAGGGCUAUCUUUGUAUUUCAAUGAUUUGAAACUGAAAGAAGCAGAGAGAGAAAGAAUUAAUAAAUUGGAAGAAUUGGAGAGAAAGGCAGAUAUACAAUUAGAGAGGAAUCUAGUAAUGGCUUCAAACUGGAGCAGGGCAUUGUUGAUGAUGCGAGGAAAGUUAAAAGGAACGGAAUGGGAUCCUGAGAAUUCUCAUAGGAUUGAUUUUAGUGAUUUUUUGAGACUUGUUAACUCCAAUAAUGUUCAGUUUAUGGAGUACGCAAAUUACGGCCAGAAUGUUUCAGUGAUUCUUCCAUACUACAAAGAGGCAAAAAAGGAAGGAUCAGAAGGAAAUUCAAACAAAGAAAUAAUUUUCCGGCGCCAUGUGGUUGACCGUAUGCCAAUUGAUUGUUGGAAUGAUGUUUGGCAAAAGUUGCACCAGCAAAUAGUCAAUGUUGAUGUCCAUAAUGUGAAUGCAGUCCCUGCAGAAGUCUACUCCACUGUUGCAACUGCUGUCAUAUGGGCAAUGCGACUUGCUCUUUCUAUUGUGUUAUAUCUCUGGAUUGAUAAUAUGACGAGACCUAUUUAUGCGAAGUUAAUACCUUGUGACUUGGGAAAGCCGAGCGAAACAGUUAGGCAGCCACUCAAGCGUCGUGCACUUGGGUCAUUAGGCAAGAGUAGGGCAAAGUUUAUAUCAGCAGAAGAAACCACCGGUGUUACCUUUGAUGAUUUUGCUGGCCAGGAAUAUAUAAAGAGGGAACUGCAAGAGAUUGUACGCAUUUUGAAGAAUGAUGAAGAGUUUCAAGAUAAAGGUAUCUAUUGCCCAAAAGGUGUCCUUCUCCAUGGGCCUCCAGGAACUGGUAAAACACUGCUCGCUAAAGCCAUUGCUGGUGAAGCAGGACUGCCUUUCUUUGCUGCAAAUGGCACAGAUUUUGUAGAGAUGUUUGUAGGAGUUGCAGCAUCUCGUGUCAAGGAUCUUUUUGCUAGUGCCAGAUCAUUCGCUCCUUCCAUCAUCUUUAUUGAUGAAAUUGAUGCCAUUGGUAGCAAGCGUGGUGGACCUGAUAUUGGUGGGGGUGGUGCAGAGAGAGAGCAAGGUCUGCUUCAGAUACUGACUGAGAUGGAUGGAUUUAAGGAAUUUACAUCACAGGUGCUGGUUAUAGGAGCAACAAAUAGACUUGAUAUUCUUGAUCCUGCUCUCUUGAGAAAAGGUCGUUUUGACAAGAUUGUGAGAGUUGGUUUGCCAUCUAAGGAUGGCAGAUUGGCAAUAUUGAAGGUGCAUGCUAGAAAUAAAUUUUUUCGGUCAGAAAAGGAAAGGGACACUCUACUGCAGGAAAUUGCUGAGCUUACAGAAGAUUUUACUGGGGCAGAGCUGCAGAACAUACUGAAUGAAGCUGGAAUUUUGACUGCCAGGAAGGAUUUAGACUAUAUUGGGCGAGAAGAACUUUUAGAGGCCUUGAAGAGGCAAAAAGGCACAUUUGAAACAGGACAAGAAGAUAGUACUGAAAUUCCUGAGGAAUUGAAAUUAAGAUUGGCAUACAGAGAAGCAGCUGUUGCUAUUCUUGCAUGCUACCUUCCGGAUCCCUUCCGCCCUUUCACAGAGACUGAUAUAAACUCUAUCACCAGCCAGCCAAAUAUGCGUUAUACAGAAACUGCAGGAAGGAUUUUUGCAAGGAAAUCAGAUUAUGUGAACUCUAUAGUGCGUGCAUGUGCUCCUAGAGUGAUUGAGGAGGAGAUGUUUGGGAUAAACAACAUGUGUUGGAUCUCCGCAAAGGCUACCUUGGAAGCUUCGCGCCAUGCAGAAUUUCUUAUUCUCCAAACUGGGAUGACAGCAUUUGGGAAAGCAUUCUACAGGAAACAUAAUGAUCUUGUGCCCAAUCUUGCAGCUAAACUUGAAGCUCUGCGAGAUGAAUACAUGCGAUACGCUGUGGACAAAUGUUCAUCUGUCCUGAGAGAAUAUCAUUCAGCUGUAGAAACAAUUACAGACAUUUUACUUGAGAAGGGACAGAUAGAAGCGUCAGAAAUUUGGGACAUAUACAAAAGAGCUCCUCGAAUACCUCAACCCGCUGUAAAUCCUGUUGAUGAAUAUGGAGCCCUAAUUUAUGCUGGACGAUGGGGGAUCCAUGGGAUUACCCUUCCUGGGAGGGUUACAUUUGCACCUGGAAAUGUUGGGUUUGCAACCUUUGGUGCACCCCGCCCUAUGGAGACACAAGUUGUCAGUGAUGAAACUUGGAAGCUAAUGGAUGGUAUCUGGGAUCAAAGGGUUCAGGAAAUAAGAUCUGAAGCUUCAAUGGAGAUUGAAGAAGACAAGGAGAGGCCACAACUUUUGAUGGCCAGCCAUUUCCUUUGAAAACAGAUGGGUUUUUUCUUAGAUAUAAAAAAGGUGGACUUGCAAUCUCACAAAGGCUAUGUCUCCACGGUAACAGGUCUUUUACUUGCAUUGUUAUCAUAAUUUUCCAAGAUUAAGCAGGAUUGUCAAAUCUGAGAAAGGGUUGAAUUCAGUCAAUCUCAAAGAUACAGGUGCUAAUUGUGAAUCCAUCAGCAGACAAUUUGUUCAGUAUCAACUGUUGUUGUAUGCUAUGAUUACUACACGGGGGCCAGCAUGGAAGUGGGAAAUGGAAAGACUUUUUUCAGUGGUCGAUUUUUAAUUGGUUGCUAUCAGUUUAGAUAUCUAGGCAGAUCAAUUAUUUGAAUCUUAGCAAGUCAAAGCUUACCAGAAUUAAACAAAUUGGUGAAUUUGUGAAUCAUCUUCAAUUUGCUACAAUCCCAUUAUAAGUCGAUGCAACAAGCCAGUUGACUUGUCCAUCACUAGUUUUCAUUAUAGAAGGACUCGCUGUUGCGUCCCCUUUGUAAUUACUUCUGUGAACGACAUCAUCUGCAGAUUCAAGGCUGUUGAACUCGAGGCCCCUUAUUUUGACAA